CGGAAUCGUUUUCAUAUAAAUUGCAGCUCCUCCUUUGCCUCGGCCUGCAUUUUUACGUUAACAUUUCUGCUCAUCACAAUUACGGGGUCUGCUUUUAAUCCAGCCGUUACCGUCAGGCUAAAUAUUUUACACUGUCGUCAUGUCUUUGCGGAAAAGAACCCUCCAAGAAGAUAACGGCGAGCAGGACGAAGUGCUGCCCGUCUCCAAGAAGUCCUGGACGGGGGGGAAGAGGCACGUCGCCGCGCUGAUUCUGGCUCGGGGUGGGAGUAAAGGAAUCCCCCUGAAAAAUAUCAAAAUGCUAGCGGGAGUUCCUCUCAUUGGAUGGGUGCUGAGGGCGGCGGUGGACUCCGAACUUUUUGACAGUGUUUGGGUAUCGACAGAUCAUGAUGAAAUCGAGAAGGUGGCUAAAGCAUGGGGUGCCAAAGUUCACCGCAGGAGUCCUGAAGUCUCCAGAGACUCUUCUUCAUCACUGGAGACCAUCCAAGAGUUUGUCAGGCUCAACCCAGAGGUGGAUGUCAUCUGUCACAUUCAGGCUACCUCCCCCUGUCUCCACCCGUUCCACCUGAAGGGGGCGCUGGAGAUGAUCACUAAGAAGGGCUACGACUCGGUGUUUGCGGUGGUGAGGAGGCAUCAGUUCCGCUGGAUGGAGAUCAAGAGGGGAAGUAAUGAGAUGACCAAGCCGUUCAAUAUCGACCCCUUACACCGACCACGGCGUCAGGACUGGGACGGAGAGCUGUGUGAGAACGGCUCUUUUUACUUCGCCACCAAAGAGCUCUUAGUGACCCAAGGAGUAAUGCAGGGAGGUAAGAUAACGUACUUUGAGAUGAUGCCCGAGUACAGUGUGGACAUAGAUGUGGACAUUGACUGGCCUGUGGCAGAGCAGAGGGUCCUCAGGUAUGGUUACUUUGGUCGGGACAUCCCUGAGAUGGUCCACCUGUUGUUCUGUAACGUCUCCGGGUGUCUGACGGAAGGCAGGAUCUUUCUGUCAGCAUCAGGAGAGGAGAUGGUAUCCAUCAACACCAGAGACACCAUGGGCAUCCGUAUGCUGCAGAAAGAAGGCGUGGAGGUGGUGCUGUUGACUUCCAGCGUCGACCCUGUGUCUCAGGGGCUGGCUGACAAAUUGGCUAAGAGGACAGGCUGUGAGGUGAUACAGGUGGGGGACGAGCCGCUGGAUUCUCUGAAGCUGAUGGUGGGGCAGAGGAACCUGAACUGGAAGGACGUGGCAUACAUGGGUAACGAUAAACAGGACGUCAACUGUCUGAACCUGGCAGGUUUGAGCGCAGUACCCAGGGAUGCACCAGUGGUCGCCAUUAACGCUGCAAAGUACACCUGCCACAGCCAAGGGGGAAAGGGAGCUAUGAGAGAGUUUGCCGAACACAUUCUCCUGCAGAUACAAAAAGCAAGGUCGCAGUUGGAGCAGGACCGAAUUGACCGCAAAAACUUCUAAUUUUAAGAGAAUAAUGAAUAUAAUCUGCGUGAGAGCAAGUUUAGAGUGAAUGCAGUUUCUGCACGAAUGAUUGAAGCAAUCAAACCCUGCAAUUGUAGAUCAAAAAUGAAAUAAUAUCGAAGAUGCAUUAUAAAUUUUAGAGCUAGAGAUAGCAGAUUUUACAAAAUCACUUGUUUGCAAUCAUUCAGGAUUUCCUGUUUGCUUCUAGAUAUUAGAUUUUUAUGCAUGCUUUUAAGUUAUUUUCCAAAUAGAAGGAUUUUUAUCAAUGCUGUGAAAACCAAAAUGGGAUCAGAAUUUAACAAAUCAUUGGGUAUCGUAGCACUCAGGGCAUGAAGCAGAAUUCGCUCAUCAUCAGACGAGGUCGAGUGUAAAGAAGCGCAACUUAAAGAGACAGGAUAAUGAAAACAUGAUCUUUAUCUUGAACCACAGCUUAUGAAACAGUUUCUCUCCUCUUUCAAUUCAAGUAGAGGACUAGAGCUUCAUCCAACCACGGUACAGCCCGUUUUAGUUUGAAAUCUCACCAAAUAGUGCCCGAAAGUCUUCAUCUUUUAUUUAUAUGUAUGAUUAGACUUCGAAAUUAAUAAAGCCUUGCUGUUUUGUAUUUUAAGUAAAAUAUUUUUAACCAAAUUAUAGAUGUUAAAUGUCCAAAAUGUGUGUUGUCAAGUCCUCCAUACUUCCAUACCUGUAAUUGUCACAUGUUUGAACAACCGAUCAUCUCUGUUUGCUUCAUGAACUGCCUGUUUAAAGCAUCUGUUAAAUUAAAGGUUUUCUUUCUGCCUUCUCAACCUGAA